GAAUCGGCGGUUGUAUCCUCCUUGAAGCUCUUCCAGCUAAAAGCUCCGCCAUUCAGGCAAAACAAAUAUCCUGCUUGUGAUUUUGAAUCGUCUCUGUCGGUUUGGAAGCUAGCAUCAGUGUAACCGACCACCUUUAGCUCUUCCUCACCACCGUAUACCAGGAAUGCAUCCUUAGAUUUUAUCUAUAUAUGUACUUUGAUUCAGACCUAUUAACUUUCUUGAUCUAUCUCGGUAGAUUCUUAUGCCAAGGACAUAACUAGCAUCCCCUAAGUCUUUCAUGGAGAAGUUCUCGCUCAACCACGUCUUUACAGAAGUGAGAGCGGGAAUAUCGUUACCCAUUAACAAUAUGUCAUUGGAGAUGGAACAAAAACCACUUCUAAUUAACAAGUGGUUAAAUGUUUCCUUGAUUUCUACACUAACCUGUUUGGUGACCCUUGAGGAGGUGAAGGAGGUUGUGUUUGACAUUGGGAAUGACAAGGCACCUGGUCCAGAUGGGUAUACUGCUGCAUUUUUUAAGAACCAAUGGGCUACUAUUGGACAGGAUGUUUAUGGUGCUGUUUUGGAAUUCUUUACAUCUGGGAAGCUUUUGAAACAGAUUAACCUUGCUAUGAUUGUUUUAUUACCCAAAUUUGCUCAUAACCGUACGGUAAAGGACUUUAGACCUAUUGCUUGUCUAAAUGUCCUUUAUAAGGUCAUUACUAAAAUUCUUGCAAGGCGUAUGGCACCUCUACUACCUGACCUAAUUGACCCAGCACAGGGGGCAUUUGUACAAGGGCAGACACGUGUUGACAAUAUGCUGCUGGCCCAACACUUGAUACUUAUGGAUACACUGAGGCACUUCUCCAAUGUAUCAGGUUUGACCCUCAAUCCAACUAAAUCUAAUAUCUUCAUUGUUGGCAAGUACAGGGACACUAGCCAAGAUAUUCUAGAUUUGGCCUCCUUUCCUCGUGGGCAUCUCCCUGUUAGAUACCUGGGUCUUCCCUUGGCUUCUCAUAGGAUCUCUGAGGCAGAUUUUGCUCCUCUUUUAAAAUCUGUGGAUGGGUUCCUUUCUAAGUGGGCUACCAUGAAACUCUCUUAUGCUGGGAGAUUGGAAUUGACGAAGAAAGACUCUCUUUGGGUGAAGUGGGUGCACAAUGUUUAUCUUAAGCAUGAAGCUAUUUGGCAUUGGCAACCUAAGAGGAGGCACUCUGUCUUCUUCAAAAGACUAGCCUAUGUGCGAGAGCUUUUAACCCAAAAGCUCAGUGACCAUAACUCCUCAAUGGAAGUGGCUAUGCAACCUUUAUGUUUGGGUGGGAAACUUGUUCCAAGUAAGGUUUAUGACUUGUUUAGGGUUAAAGCUAAUCCCAAGUCUUGGAUGUCUUUCAUUUGGCAUUCAACCAUCCCUCCUAAGUGCUCCUUUACGAUGUGGCUUGCGCUUAGGAGGAGGUUGCCCACUAAAUCUAACUUGGAAUUUCUAGGUUUACCCAUGGCUUGCACCUUUUGUGGUCAAGGACUAGAGGACGUGGAUCAUCUGUUUUUUGAAUGCUGUGUUUCGAAGCAGGUUUGGGCAGCUGUAAAGUUAUGGCUCCGAAUGGAUGGACAGUUGGGCUCACUAGACAGGGCAAUUAGAUGGCUAAGGACUUUCCGUAGAGAGGAUGCUAUCUUGAAGAAGAUGAGGAAACUGGCUUUGGCCUGUACGGUCUUCCACCUCUGGAAACACUACGCCAAAAACAUUAUCAGACGACUGUUGAUUAACUACUGUUUAUGGAAACACAGUAGUUAAAAAAACACAGACUACUGACACAACCCAUAGAAUGAUCCCCCCAAACAAUAGAAGUUUCCCAAGUAACACUACAACUGAACAUUUGACAUGUAAAAGCUUCCAAACCAGAACUACUAUGAGACUCAGCUCCCUGAUCCAAAAGAAAAGGUAAGUUCAAUCCAAACAAAAAGGUGCAAGUACGAUUUCUCAAUUUCCCUUCACCAAAUACUAAGUAUAAAUUUCAAGUUAGAUUAAAGCCACUUAUCUAUCAUGCUAGAGGAUCCAAAGGCAAACAUCCUAUAUCGGGUUAAAAAAAAGUAUGUCGAGCAUCUGCAACAAUCUAUGAGAACCAAACAGAGUGAUAAGGUCGAACCUAGCAUAGAACCAGGCCCAAAGCCAUGACGAAGAACAAUUAGCACUGUCACCGCAUCUAGAAAAUCAUCUGUCAGAGUAUACUGCCAAACCACAGAAUAAAAGCUCUUCUCUAAACAUCAAAAUUUAGAAGAUUGCAAGAGUUGAUUAUCGUUAUUACAUAAUAUAAUAUACUCUGUAAUUUAAAAUCAAUCCCUAUUUGGCAGCAUUUAAACAAAAUAUAUAACCCAGAAGAAGAAAAGAGCUAUGCAGACAAAGGCUUCAAGGCUGUAACAGAAUCUGUCCAAGUUUCUGAAUGCUAACUCCCACUCUGACAAGGCUAGAGUCUGAUGCAUAUGGCUUUCCAAUACAUGGAGGUUUUUAGAAUAGGAUUGCAGUUGAACCAUAAGGAAAAAAGAAACAUUAAAUCGAACCAAAUACUUAAGAAUAGCCAGUGUAUCGAACCAUAAUGAAAAAAGAAACAUUAAAUCGAACCAAACAUUAAAUCCAGUGUAUAUGGUCAAGGCUGAAUUGGAAGAACACAAGAAACAAGAAUAGCCAGAAACUCAGUAAAUGAACAUAAAUGGCUUUCUAAAGAAGAUGCAUGCACCAGAGUCUUAAGGAAGAUAAUAUGAAGCCAUACCUGAACUUAUACUCUACUCAAAUAAAAUUGCCAAAAUUUGUUUUUAAAACCUACUAUAAAACUAGUAGGUGUGAACAAAAUUUGAUUCUUUCAUAUUUUUUAGAUAAAAAAAUUUAUUAAAAAAACUGAUCUAAAAGUAUAUCAAUAAAAAAUCAAAAAUCAAAUUGAGGUAACAAA